AUGGAGACAACAAGAGAAGAACCGCAGCAUCAGCAGGAAUCUGAUGGCAACAUCACGGACCACCGUGGACAAUGGCAAAGAUUCCAUGAAAAGAAUGUUGGAUAUUUUAUCGACGAAAGGACGACGCAGCUUCGAUCACCUGGUGCGGCUCUGCGAGCAGACUACAAAUGGCUGGCAGAUCGACUAGAGCAAGGUGUUGCCGAUGAAGAAAACCGUUUGAACAAGUUGGGCAAAGGCAUCAAGCGCAAGCUGGCUCUGGCUCUACUGACAGCAAGGAUCUCCGACAGACAGAAGGACAGCAUCCUCGAAAGGCUGACGGAAGUCGUGGAGGGCGAGAUUUCCCAGAAGUCCGUGCGAGUCAGCAUUCCAGAUCAUCGUGUGGCGGCUCAGAUGGAUACGAUCACCAAGAAGAUUCAGUUUAUUGUUCACGAAGAGGUGAACCCAGUCCUCUACGGCAAAGGUGCCACGUCCACCUGGGAGACAGACGACCCUGACAGCGCCAUUGAAAUGUUGAGAAACAAGCUGAAUGAAAUGAAGGUGCUUCAGGACUGUUAUAAGGCUAUGAAGAUCACGACCAAAACAAGUGAAACCCUUCCUUCUCUCCUGCGACAGAAGAUUGACGAGGUGCAGGUCGCGAUGGGAAUUCUUCAACAGGAGAAACAAACCGCCGAGAAAGAAAUGAAAAGGGUGAAUAAAGAAAACGAAGACCUUGCAAUAUCGCUGUCCAGGACUGAACAGAACAACAGACAGCUGGAGGUUGAAAACCACUCACUGCAGGCUGAAAACAAACAGAUGGAAGAGUCGCUACGGCGUCUGCAAUCUGGCAAAUGGGAGUCGGAGAAAGAUCGAGAGAAAGGUGGAGGAUGAGAACGAGAAGUUAAAAUCGCAGAUACAGGUACAACAUGACAAAAUAUCAGAGCUCGUCGUCUGGAACAAGGAUCUCGACAUCCAGAACACGAAGCUGACGAGGGACAUCCAGAAAUUUUCCACCGCCAACGCCAAGCUGCGAAAGGAGUGCAAGCCUGGCAGUGGCAAGAUGGUUGCCAAGCUAAAAUCCGAGCACAAAAAGCUGACAGAGGAACGUUUGAGACUAAAGAAGGACGUUCAGAAGCUGGACGAAGACAAGCGGAAGUUGACCAUUCGUAUGCAAAAGCUCACUUCCGAGAACCAACACCUUCGAGAUCAGAAGAAGAAGCUGGCCUCCGAAAAAAAGAAAGCUGUAGCCGAGAACAAGGAGCUGAAAAAGGAGGCCAAGAGGUUAGCGCUGGGCAAGCAAGUGGUCCUGCCACCUAUUUCAGAUAAAAAAGACAGAGAUCGAGCUAAGGUCAAGGAUGGGAUGACUGUACAGAGUAGAAGCGAGAGGUCCAGGUCACCCAACAGAGAAGACCAAUCAACCCACCUCUUAGAUGAUGGCGCGAGAAAGAAAGCAGACGACUCGCCGUGGAACAAGUACAAGGAGGAUACAAGACGACACGGAUCUGGCGACCAAGAAAAUGACAUCUUCGAUGACAGCGACAAGGCGUCGAAGAAGCAGCCAUCAUACAUGGUGUCCACCGCCAGCUCCAGAAGGAAAGAUUAUCUCAGCAGCAGCUUCAGGGAGGAGUCGCCCACACCAACCGCUGCUCAUAAGUAGAUGUGACACAGUAUGAUGGCAAUCAGUUGGUUGUCAUGGCUACUAACAAAUAGCUGGCUGUUAUCAGACAGUGUGUCGAUUAUUAUGAGUGGAAAAAGGCGUUUUUUAAAACCAGCUUAUUAGACUCUGUUAAUGAGCACAAGAACAAAGGUUCUAAUAUGCAGUCAGUGAAGACUUCAAAGUUUGUUUGUUUGUUUUUGUUUACGGGCAGUGCUUGCUGUACAGCACAGGUCCAACUGACGCCAGUGCUGAUAUUUAGUCUGUAACAAACUCAAAGUGGUAUUAGUGUUAACAUCUGUCUAACAGGUCAGUAAUGAGAGUCAAAGUCCACUUUUCUGAACAUGU